AAAAUAGGGAGAAAAAUGAGAGGCCCAAAAUCGCUAGCCUCACGUUCUCCUCAGCGUGUAGGGAACGGGUUGCCUUAUCCCAUAUCCACACCACUCUGGCUAUAGCUAUAUCCUCUCAAACGCACACAUUGUCUCUCUCUCCCUCUCUCUCUCAACUUCUUCUGGCCUGGCCCCUUCUACUUCCACUUCACCGCCUUUAAUAAGCUCAACUAGAGAUAGUUGAAGAAGACGACCACCUACAUCAGUUCUCUCAGCAUUUUCCACUCUGUCCUUACAGUAUUUAUAUAUUAUUAUAUACAUGCAUCAGCCAUAAAAAAAAAGAAGAAGAAAAAAAAGAAUUAAUUCAAUCUUUUUCCAUACCAUCUCAAUUUCCACCCCCUCCAAUCUAUCAGAAGUUAGCAUUUGCAUUGUUGAAUUCGGUUACUCUGCUUAAUCAAUUUGUAAUGGUAAACAAGUUGUCUUAGUUUGGGAAUACUAUUUAUUUAAUUUGUAUUGAUUCUAAUAGUGUGAGAGUUUGAAUAGAAAGAUUGAAUAUUGGGCAGUCAUUGUUUAGUUUGGGACAGAGAUUCGUUCGACUGUAUGUAUAGAAUUCGAUAAAUCCUAUUCACAGCAUUGUUAUUGCCGUCCAAGUUUGGUUUGAAGCUAGUCGCUAGUUUUGUUCAAUCCAAUAGUACGUUUAGAUGCAAAAUGGCUCCUAAAACAGGAAAGGCGAAACUUCACAAACCCAAAGGAGACAAGAAGAAAAAGGAAGAGAAAGUUUUGCCUACUGUAGUGGAAAUAACGGUAGAAACGCCAGAUGAGUCACAAGUGACGCUUAAGGGAAUAUCUACGGACAGGAUCUUAGAUGUGAGAAAGCUUUUGGCGGUCCAUAUCGAGACAUGUCACUUGACCAACUACUCCUUCUCACACGAGGUGCGAGGAUCAAAAUUGAAAGAUUCAGUAGAAAUUAUCUCUCUCAAACCUUGUCACCUCAGCAUUGUGGAAGAGGACUACAGGGAAGAGCUAGCUGUCGCACACAUCAGGCGGCUACUGGACAUCGUCGCCUGCACCACCUUCUUUGGCGUUUCAUCUUCUUCUCCCAAAGGCACCGGUCGAACGAGCCCCAAAGAACCCGGUCCGAAAGAUGGCGAGGCCGGUCCAGACAAUGCGGGAUGUGAAGCCGCUUCGAAGGCGAGAGGAGGUGAGAAGAAACCGAGUUCGCCCACUGGUGGGGGCCAGAGAGGGAGACAUGGCGUCAAGUCGCCGAAGACGGAGGUUUUCGGCAACGAUGUUGGCGGCGAGUCGGGGGAGAAAGGUGACGUGGCGGCGGCAAUGUGUCCUCCCCCGAGGCUCGGGCAGUUCUAUGAUUUCUUCUCGUUCUCUCACCUUACGCCACCAAUACAAUACAUUAGGAGAUCCACACGUCCAUUUCUUGAGGAUAAAACCAAAGACGAUUUUUUUCAAAUUGAUGUUCGGGUUUGCAGUGGGAAGCCAAUGACAAUUGUUGUUUCGCGACAAGGGUUCUAUCCUGCUGGAAAACAUAUUCUUUUGAGUCACUGUUUGGUUGGUCUGCUGCAGGAGAUCAGCCGGGUCUUUGAUUCUGCUUACAAAGCUCUCAUGAAAGCUUUCACUGAGCACAAUAAGUUUGGGAACCUCCCUUAUGGUUUUCGAGCAAACACAUGGGUUGUCCCUCCAGUUGUGGCUAACAACCCAUCUCUUUUCCCACCACUUCCUGUAGAAGAUGAAAACUGGGGAGGAAAUGGGGGUGGACAAGGAAGAGACAGUAAACAUGAUUACAGGCAGUGGGCAAAAGAGUUCUCAAUUCUGGCAGCAAUGCCUUGUAAAACAGCAGAAGAGAGGCAAAUUCGAGACAGGAAAGCAUUUCUACUGCACAGUCUAUUUGUCGAUGUUUCAGUAUUUAAAGCAGUUGCAGCCAUUAAACAUCUCAUUGACACUAAUCAAUGCCCUCCAAAUAUUCCCACUGCUUCAAUUUUGCAUGAGGAAUCAGUUGGAGAUUUACUUAUCAGGGUGACUAGAGAUGCGCCUGAUGCAAGCACUAAGUUGGACGGUAAAAAUGAUGGAACUCAGGUUCUUGGGAUGUCAAAGGAGGAGCUUGCCAAGAGAAACUUACUUAAAGGCAUAACAGUAGACGAGAGUGCAACUGUUCAUGAUACAUCUACUUUAGGUGUUGUGGUCGUUAGACACUGUGGUUAUACAGCUGUUGUGAAGGUUGUGGCUGAAGUAAAUUGGGAGGGCAAUUCCAUACCUCAGGACAUUGACAUUGAGGACCAGCCUGAAGGAGGUGCUAAUGCACUGAAUGUGAAUAGCUUGAGAAUGCUAUUGCACAAGCCACCCACGCCUCAAUCAUCUAGUGCAGUACAAAGAAUACAGAGCACAGAUUUUGAAGAUAUGCGUUCUGCUAGGUCUUUGGUAAGGGAAGUCCUGAGGGAAAGUUUGCUGAAGUUGCAGGAAGAAGCCACUACACAAACAAGUUCUAUCAGAUGGGAGUUGGGAGCAUGUUGGGUGCAACAUUUGCAAAAUCAGGCUUCAGGAAAAACUGAUUCUAAGAAAACUGAAGAAGCUAAGGUUGAGCCAGCUGUAAAGGGUCUUGGAAAGCAAGGUGGAUUACUAAAGGAGAUAAAGAGGAAAACAGAUGAUAGGAGCAGCAAAGUAGAGCUGGGAAAGGAAGUUACUGUCAGUAACAGUCUUGACAUGAACAAGAAAUUAGAUACCAUUAAUCAGAAACAAUUAGAGAAACAAGAUGAGGAAAAGGAAAUAAUGUGGAGAACGCUGCUUCCUGAAGCAGUAUAUUUGCGCCUUAAAGAAUCAGAAACUGGUCUUCACCUUAAGUCGCCUGAUGAGUUGAUCGAGAUGGCACACAAAUACUAUGCUGAUACUGCACUUCCAAAACUGGUGGCAGAUUUUGGGUCCCUUGAACUUUCACCAGUUGAUGGAAGGACAUUGACAGAUUUUAUGCAUACCAGGGGUUUGCAAAUGUGUUCCUUGGGGCGCGUGGUAGAACUUUCAGACAAGCUCCCUCAUGUGCAAUCACUCUGUAUACAUGAGAUGGUAGUUCGAGCCUACAAACAUGUAUUGCAAGCUGUUGUAGCAGCAGUUGAUAAUGUUGCUGAAUUGGCCGGGGCUGUGGCAUCAUGUUUAAAUAUAUUGCUAGGAACACUGUCUACAGAAAACGCUGAUGCAGACGUUACUAAUGAUGAUACAUUGAAAUGGAAGUGGGUGGAAACUUUCCUUCUGAAGAGGUUUGGGUGGCGAUGGAAAUCCGAAAGCUUCCAGGAUCUAAGAAAAUUUGCUGUUCUCCGCGGGCUUUGCCACAAGGUUGGACUAGAGCUUGUUCCCAGAGACUAUGAUAUGGACUCUGCAUAUCCUUUCAAGAAGUCAGAUAUUGUAAGCAUGGUCCCUGUAUAUAAGCAUGUUGCAUGUUCAUCUGCUGAUGGGCGUACAUUGCUGGAAUCAUCGAAGACUUCCCUGGAUAAAGGCAAAUUGGAGGAUGCUGUUAAUUAUGGCACUAAGGCACUCUCAAAACUAGUGUCAGUCUGUGGCCCUUAUCAUCGAAUGACAGCGGGGGCAUAUAGUCUUUUGGCUGUAGUACUCUACCACACGGGGGAUUUUAAUCAGGCUACUAUAUAUCAGCAAAAAGCAUUGGAUAUCAAUGAGAGAGAGCUCGGACUUGAUCAUCCUGAUACAAUGAAAAGUUAUGGGGAUCUAGCUGUUUUCUACUAUCGACUCCAACACACUGAGUUGGCCUUGAAGUAUGUAAAUCGUGCAUUGUAUCUAUUGCACCUAACAUGUGGACCAUCUCAUCCAAAUACUGCUGCCACCUAUAUUAACGUAGCAAUGAUGGAAGAAGGUUUGGGGAACGUCCAUGUUGCCCUUAGAUAUCUUCAUGAGGCUCUCAAGUGUAAUCAAAGACUACUUGGUGCUGAUCAUAUACAAACUGCUGCCAGCUAUCAUGCUAUAGCAAUCGCUCUCUCUUUGAUGGAAGCAUACUCCUUGAGUGUUCAGCAUGAACAAACCACUCUACAGAUACUGCAGGCCAAGCUUGGAUCAGAUGAUCUACGUACACAGGAUGCCGCUGCAUGGCUUGAGUACUUUGAGUCCAAGGCUCUGGAACAGCAGGAAGCUGCACGCAAUGGUGCUCCAAAACCAGAUGCCUCUAUCUCCAGUAAAGGUCACUUAAGUGUUUCAGAUCUAUUGGAUUACAUAACACCAGAUGCAGAUAUGAAAACCAGAGACGCCCAAAAGAAGCAAGCUCGUGCAAAGGUUAAAGGCAAACCAGGACAAAGCUGGGAAAUGGUCACAGACGAAUUCCAGAAGGAUGAAAUACUAUCACCAAGCCACCCUAUUACAGAAAACUCUAGUGACAAAGAGAACAAAUCUGAACUGGAGAACAAAACUGGAUCACAGUUUGCAGAAUCAAUGGAAAAGAAACCUGAUUUGCUUCUAGCAGAUGCGAUGGUAUUGAACCAAAAUGAUGAUCUGGCACGAGAUGAUACCUCCAAUGAAGGAUGGCAAGAAGCUUUCCCCAAAGGUCGCUCACCUACAGGUCGUAAGACUUCUAGUUCGAGGAGGCCAAGCCUCGCAAAACUGAAUACCAACUUUAUGAAUAUCUCCCAAUCAUCAAGGUCUCGAGGUAAGCCCAGUAAUUUCACAUCCCCAAGAACAAUUUCAAAUGAGUCUGCUUCUUCAACUGGGUCUGCUCCUGUUCCAAAAAAGUUUAUUAAGAGUACAAGCUUCAGUCAAAAAUUAAAUAACCCUACCAGCCCAGCGAUUGGGACAGAGAAAUCUGCCAACCCAAAGUCAGCCCCAGCUAGCCCCGCUUCAACUGAUCAAGGUGCCAAGUCUACUCCAAUUAUAAGUUCAGUAAGCGUUCAGGGAGCUGGAAAACUUUUUUCCUACAAAGAAGUUGCUUUGGCUCCACCUGGUACCAUUGUGAAGGCAGUAGCGGAACAGUUGCCAAAGGAAAACCCUCCCAAUGACCAAAGUCCUCAGGUUACUAAGGUGAAGGUAGUUGCAGAAGCAACUCAAGUUGACCAGAUGACAGCAGUGAAGGAUGCGGAACAAGAAAAACUUCAUAAAUCAAUUGAAAAAAAACAAUUUCCGGUUUCUGAUGAGGAAAUGAAAAAUACUGUCAAUGAGAAACAAGUUACAGAAGUGGUGGGGUCUGUUUUGACGGAAUCCUCAGAGGGAGUGCUGAGUGCAGCUGCUGAAGAUAGAGAAGUGGAAGCUGAGACAGUUGCAGAAGUAAAUAGUGUUGCUGUUGAAGGCACAGAAGCAAACUCUGGAGCUGUAGUUGAUUUGGGAGUUGCAGAAAUUGAUUCUUCCAAGGAUUUGAAGUCUAUUGCUUCUAAAAGUGCAGUUCUGGAAACAGAAGUUGACAAAUGCCCAGCAGCUUCCUCUGAUUUGGAACCUCUUGCUGUUCCAAUGGAAAAUACAACUCUCUUGCUGGAAAAAGAUGCCUCCAUUUUGGAAGAGAAAAAAGCAAAGGAAGAUGAAAGUUCACAUGAUGUUCCUAGUAGUAAUGGAAUUGCAAGUCCUUCGCUGACUGAAGCUGAAAAACAAGGUAGUGGAAGUGCUAGUCCUUUGUCAACGGAAGCAGAAAAGCAAGGUGAUGCAGAAACUGGAAGUGAAAACACCAAGAAACUUUCUGCAGCUGCACCUCCCUUCAAUCCAUCCAUAAUUCCAGUUUUUGGUUCUGUUCCAUUGUCUGGAAUUAAGGAGCAUGGAGGAAUAUUACCACCACCCGUUAAUAUUCUGCCAAUGCUUACAGUAAACCCUGUUCGUAGGUCUCCUCAUCAUUCAGCUACAGCAAGGAUUCCAUAUGGUCCACGGCUGUCAGGUGGUUACAGAUCUGGAAAUCGCGUUCCUCGUAACAAGCCUGCUUUCCACAAUGGUGAACAUAUUGGGGAUGGGAAUCAGUUCAGCAAUCCAAGAAUAAUGAAUCCACAUGCAGCUGAAUUUGUACCUGGCCAACCUUGGGUUCCUAAUGGCUAUCCGGUGUCUCCAAAUGGUUAUAUGGCUUCCCUGAAUGGUCCUCCUGUGAUCCCAAAUGGUCAUCCAUUGACCUCAAAUGGUAUUCCAGUGUCACCGAAUGGUUUUCAACAAUCCUCUAAUGCUAAUCCAGCAUCUCAAAAUGGGUUUCCACUCUCUCCAAUCAGUUCAGAAGAAUCCCCUACAAGUAUAACUGUUGAAGUUGGUCCUGAAGGUCAAUGUGAAAUUGUGGUGGAGGAGAGUGCAGAGAAAUCCCCAACCAAUGUGGGAAAAGUAAAUGAACCAAUUGAGCAAAAAACAAUAAAAGAUCAAACUGGAGGAAAUGAAAAACCUCAUUCUGAUACUAAAGAAAAGUCUCAUUCUGAUACCGAAGAGAAACCUACGGACGCAGUUGCAACAUCUAUUGAUAUUGUUGUGGCUAGUGAAAACUGCAACAGCAAAGCAGUUGAGGAAAAGCCAACCAAGUGUUGGGGAGAUUACAGUGACAGUGAAGCUGAAAUUGUUGAGGAAUGAGUAUACAUUUUGAAGGAAGAUUUUUGUGUUUCUUGAGGUAAACAAGAUUUGUAUUAUAUCCCUGUGGACUAACCGAGAAAGACAAGGAAGUUGCAAGCUUAACUUGUGAGAAAUAGUUAACGAGGGGUGGAUUCCUUUCACUGCAAAGUUUAUCAUAGUGACCGUAGGGAAUCCUGGCUAAUAUAGUUUGAAUUUGAUGCAGCAAGGGAUGUAAAAUAUUAACAUAGAGAGUCUUGAGGAUAAUAGGCUGGUAUAAGAAAGAAAUCUACAUAACAGUAGAAGAUGCUGCUGAGUAGUUCGUUAGUAAAUUAGACCCUCUCUGCUUGAGUUUUGUUGGUUUUACUUUUCAGGCAUUACCUCUUGGAUGAUGCUUGUGAAUGGAAAUAGGAAGGUCUGGAGGUCUGCUACUACCCGACUUUCAUUUUUUUUUUCUUCUUGUUUGUAACCAAAUAAUGUUGACGUAAUAAUAUCCAGAUUUUACAUUUUUGUCAA